CAGCAAGUCACGCAACGAGGGCGCGAAUGGCACACCAUCGGCAGGAAGUGAUGGAGGACGAAGGGCCGGUGACUCUGUCGAGGGAGCCAGAGGCGAGAUACAUCAGCAGGAACCCGCCGAUCCCCGAACACCGUCCACUGCAACAGCCACACCAGCUACCACCACAGCAGCAGCUGCAACUGCACCAUCAUCAUGAUGCAGACAGAAACCUGCAGCCGCCAAAGCCGUUGGGGCGACAGCUGGCCAUCAACCGUGCACGCGCCACCUCCGUGGCCAAGACCAUCUCCACAGCCAAGCUCGUGCGCAAGCGGGGCGCGUCCACGUCCACAAACGACCAUCAGGUCGACAUUGACCAGCAGCACAACGCACAGAACAAAGGCACGCCCGCACCUGACGCCCCACCUGCAGGCACGCACUACGGCUACCGUGACAUCCGCGCCUUCAACGAAGAGAUGCUGUCCAACUGCGUGAGCUUCGACUACGACCUGGCGACGGCACCAGGCACCACCACCUUCGACCGCACGCCAGACGGGUACAUCAUCUACGUCAUCAACAACGGGCCCGCGGGCAUGCCCCAGUUUCUGCGCAAGGAGGACGACAGCGACCUGGACGGUGUUGGCGCCGCACGCGGCAGGGGCCGUGGCAGGGGACGGCGUGACUCCGCAGGCGACAGGCAUCACCACAGUAGGCAUCAUCACCACAGCCAUAACCACCACCACCACCACCACCACCAUCAGCCACAACAACCGCACGAUCUCAGCUCGCGGGAGCAGAGCGCAACGCGACGACACCGCCGCCGCCGCAGCCGCACGCAGAGCCGAACACGCAGCAGGCGCGAUUCAUCGGCGUCAAUGCGCAUGAAGCCUGUUGUGCUGCGCCGUGUGGAGAGCAGGAGCAGCCACGCCAUACCAGACGACGAUGACGACGAUGAUGACGACGAGUACUACGGUGACGUCGAGGACGGUUACCGCAUGGGUGACGAGGUGCACCAUGGCGACCACCACGACCACCACCACGACCAUCGUGGGCAGCGUAAUCACCAUUCGCACCACCACCAGCACCAGCAGCAUCAACAUCAGCACCAGCAGCACCAUACGUCUGACGGCAACAAUGACGAUGCACACCUCAGCCACGGCGAUGAAGACAACCACCGUGGACACCACAGCAACCACCAUGGAUACCACAGCAGCAAUCAUCACAGCAGCCACCACCAUCUUCGGCGAGAGCAUGCUGUCGCUGAUGAUGAUGACGAUGAUGCAGGCAGGGGUGACGGUGGUGGUGCUGCUACUCAUGAACCAGCUCGCAAUCGUGCUCCUGCUGCUGCUGCUGCUGCUACUGCUGCUGCUGUUGCUAUGAAGGGUGGGGAGAAUGGGGUUGAUAAUGAUGCAGACAAACGCGGCGCGAGCAACAAGCAGGACGGUGGUGAUCACAGCAACACCGCCAACCAACACAACGGCGAUGAUGAUCAGCGAGGCCGCCCGGAGCAGCGGAGGGGCCAGCCGUCAUCCUCAUCAUCAUCAUCAUCAUCAUCAUCAUCAUCAUCGUCCUCAUCAUCCCAAUCUUCAUCGUCAUCAUCGUCGCCAAAGCGCUCCCCUGCAGCGGCGAAUGGUGACGGCACACACAUGAACGGGCACCACAACCACGACGAUGGCGGUGACGGUGGUGUUGGUGUUGGUGGUGGUGAUCACCCACGCGCCGGGAGCUACGACAUUGUUGGCGUGAUGCCCGAGAACAAACAACUGCGGCAGCAGCGGCAGCAGCGGCAGAGAAUGCGAACUGGCCGCAUUAACAGUGGCGGCAAUGGUGGUGGCGGUGGCGAUGGUGAGCGACACAACGGGAGUGCCAACCCCGGCAAUCAUAGAUACGGUGGUAAUGGGGAUGACCGCGGUGAUGAUGACGACAACGGGGCCGUGUUCACGUCUGCGGCGACGGUGGCGACGAGUGUGGGCGGGUCACGACCGGGGUCACGCACCGCGUCGCGUGCUGCGUCGUUCCACGUGUCAGGACGCAUGCAGAGGCAAGCCCCCACGCAGCAGCGAACACGGCCACCCAUCGGCACCCUGCACGAGGAGAAGCAAGGCCACCGUGGUGGUGAUGGUGGUGAACGGAACAGCAAGGGAAAGGGGGUUGAGAACACCGGUGAUGGUGAUGAUGGCGGGUGGGAUGUGUACGGUGUUGGGAUUGGCAAUGGCACCACCAACAACGACGAGAAGAGGAGAGACAGCGGCCACGACAACAACAACGGCAACAGCAGCGGCAGAGGUGGCGGUGGUGGUGCACUGGAUGGCGUUGAUUCCUCCCCUGUACCCGCCAUCAGUAUGCUGGAGCGAAGAAUACGCGAGCCCAUGAACCUGCCGAGUGAACCUUCGCUUGACGACACGACGCUGUCCGUGCUGCGUGCAGCUGUUGCCGAAGUCGGCGCGCACAACAACCACGACGACGAUGAUGACGAGGUGGAGAGGGGCGAGGCGUAUGGUGAUUGGGCGGGCAAGUGGGGCCACAUUGACAUGUGGCUUGGCAGCAGCGGCGGUGCGCGGAGCAGUGCAGAUGGCAAGGGGGAUGACGCGACGGGUGACACGCGUGCCAGCGAUGGGAGGCAGCGCAGCAGACACGGAGAUGGCAGGAGCCGACGACGCACACCCGACGGCGCUGAUGGUGGUGGUGGUGGUCGCCGUGGUGAUGACGGCAAUCAUGUACAUUCGCGAGACCUGACACCAACGCACCGUGCACGGCGGUACGCACGCGAGCUACUUCGUCUCAAGCACGCGCUCGCCCACUCCCGCCGCGUGAAUGUGCAGCUGCUCAACGACCUGAAACAGUCGCGCAAACGCGAACAGCACCUGCUACGCGUGCUGCGGCACAUGCAAUACGAGACGCUCUCGUCGCAGUUGCAGGCCGCGCUGCAGGGCGUGGAGGACGUGCGCACAGCCGUACACGAGCGAAGACGCGGUGGUGAUAAGGGUGGUGGUGUUGGAGGUGGUCAUGGGGAUGGUGGUGAGAGGGCUGGGUUUGCUGGUGAUAUGGGUGUUGGUGGUGGUGGUGGUGGUGGAAGGUGAGGGGUGCUUGGUUUAGAUGUGUAUUGUUGGGUGAGAUGACAGGGACGUUGCGUGUACAUUUGCGUGGCGAGUUACGUUGUAUGUUGCCAGUUGUGCUGUAUGUAUUUUGCAAUUGAUUCAGUCGUGCUUGUGGUGCAGUUGUGUACGUAUCUAUUUCCCUUCCCAAUACAUGGCAACGUGACCAAGCACAAUGAACAGGUGACAA